CGCGCGGCUGCCGGUCGGUCUGUGGGCUCGAGAGCGCUCCUGGGCGCGCGGGCGCGGGCAAGCCAUCCAGUCUGCCAGCAGCGGCAUGCUCUGCCAUGGUGCCUGCUCAGGCGACGGAGCGAGGCCCGGCCGCCCGGCGGCCGCACGGGGCGGACGAGACCACGGCGGCCGUGGCUUCCCUGGCCGAGCGGGCACAGGCAUGCGGGCGGCGGCUCGGCAUGGGCGUCGACGGCGCCAGCAGGGCCCUCGCCGCGGUGCGCCCCUCCGAGUUCGGCGAAGGCGCCGGGAAGACGUGGGCCGAGGUCGCGUCGGAGUUCGCGAGGGAGGGGGCGCAGCUGAUGAUCAUGCAGGAUGUUGACAGGAGGUGCGAGCCAAUUCGCCUCGUCGACUUUGUGAUGAUCAGGGUUUACGCUGGCAAGGAUGACCGCAGAGUUCUGAUGGAGACGGCCCAGAGGCGCGGCGGGGGCCAGGGCAACUCGGAGAGGGCGCGGCUGCCCGAGGCGCGCGUGGAGCGGAGGGGCGACGCCGCGGAGGCCAGGGGCGAGGUGGUGACCAGACUGCAGCGCGAGCUGCUCGGAGAUGUGGACGUGAGCUUCUCCGCCGGAGACGGCGAGACCCAGCUGCAAGAAGCGGAAUCGGACGCGCACCCGGGCAUCAGGACACUGCACCGCAAGGCCCGAUCCAGAGGCGCCCUGGGGGCCGUCCAGACCCAGGGCCCGAAGAAGGAACUCCUGCAGGCGCCAGCGGGUAAGAAGUUCAGCCUAGUUCGAUCUGCCGAGGAGGACGAGGCCAUCGGCCACGCCGCCGGCAAGCCGUUCCGGGCGGGGGCGUCUGGCGGCAAGAACCCCGGAGAUCUCAUGACGAAGUACUUGGACAGACCAAAGUUAGACAAAUUCUGCAAGAAGCUCGGCUACGCCGCACGAGCAGUGCUCGCGCUCAGGGGCGGCCUGAUCCGGGCAUGGGGAGCCCGGCUGGGUGCACCUGGAGGCGGCCGCCGCCAGAAGCAGAUCGACUGUUUGCGACGCGUGCUCCCCGAUCAUGCGGACUUUGCUGGCCAGGACGCCCUGCUCCCGACGGAGGGCGAGCCCCUGGAGCGCCGGCCCGAGCAGCGGUGGGCCCCCCGCGGCCUCGCCGCGGCCGCGGCCGUGCUCUGCGCGGUGGCGGCGCUGCAGGCCCACGGGCCCGGUCGCGGCCAUGCCCGCGGGGCGGCGCGCAGCCCGGCGCUGCGCGACCAGGCCCUCUUCGACGAGGCGGGCCCCUUGGUCGCGACCACCACGGGCCUCCUGCAGGGCACGCUGGAAAGCGGUGUGGCUUGCUUCCGCGGCGUCCCCUUCGCGCGUCCGCCCGUCCGUUUCGCUCCGCCCGAGCCGGUGGAGCCGUGGCUCGGCGUGAGGGACGCAAAGCGGAUGCCCCGGACCUGCCAGACGAGCAAGGAGGGCGGAUCUGAAGACUGCCUGCUCCUGAGCAUCUUCACGCGCGCCGGCUCGCUGCUGGGCGACGGUGAGUUGCAGCCCGUCGUGGUGGAAUUCCACGGCGGCGGUUUCGUGGGUGGGGGCUGCAGCAAGGAGGGGACACAGUGGUUCACGAAGCUCACCGGCGGUUUGCUCGUUUGCCCGCAGUACCGAUUGGGCGUCUUCGGCUUCUUCAGCCCCUCUGCCACCCCGCCGUUGCUCGGCUUGCAAGACCAGCAGCUUGCCCUCAGGUGGGUGCAGCAGAACGCCAGGGCGUUCGGCGGGGACCCCGACCGCGUCCUGAUCUUUGGGAACUCCGCCGGGGGAGCGUCUGUCGCCGCACACCUCGUGAUGCCGUCCUCCGCUGGGCUUUUCACGAGCGCGAGCCUCAUGAGCCCCGGCGCCCACAUCGUCUGGGAGGACCUCGGAGCCCCCGACGAUUGGAUGGCCCCAGAAGACAUCCUUGGGAACUCGUCGGUUUUAGCCAUGAACCUCGGCUGCCUAGGCCCCGAGGAUCUCGAGUGCCUCCGGGACGCGACCAUGGAGGAGGUGGUCGAGGCCGCCCAUUUCCCCGGGUCGCGCUUCGCCCCUGCGUUGCCAGACGGCGAGUCUCCGGUGAAGCUGAUACGAGAGGGCAGGUGGAAGAGAGUACCCGUGAUGGUGGGCUCUUGCAGUUGCGAGCGCUGCGGGAAAUUCAAGCCGCCCCCUGGCCGAGACAUCAGCGAGCGCGAGUUCCGCACGUUCCUGCUCGACCACGGCUUCGACCAGGCGAGGGGCGCCGCGGUCGGCCCUGAGCUGAUAGAGGAGUGGUAUGCGGGCCGGCUGCGCGAGGAGAACCGGAGUCAGGUGGCAUUUCGCGUGCUCUCGGACGCGUCGCACGCUUGCAGUGCCAAACUGCACGCGGACGCGCUCCAGUAUGGCGCGAACCCGCUUCACAGCGGGGUGUGGAGGCUCUACUUCGACCUCUUCGGGUCCAGGUACGGCACCCACGGGGCCUCGCACGGCUGCGCCAUGGAGUGGAUUUUUGGCAAUCCCGAGUCUUCACCGUCAUGGAUCCCCAAGCCUGGCGAGUCUGGCGCCACCUCGCUGCACGUCAGCAUGGUCCACUGGUUGUACAGCCUGGCCGCCUUCGGUGAUCCCAACGUCGGCUCCACGUCAGACCUGCGCUGGCCAGAGUACACCGCCGAGAGCCCGCAGACUCUAAUCGUCGAUGAGGUGCCCACCGUGGGUAUCACCGAGGACACCCAGGCGAAGGAGUGCAGGCACUGGCAGCGGUAUCUCGGGUACUGA